AAUCUUGUUGAGAUCAAUUAAUUACUCCUCUCUCCUUAUAUCCAGUUGUUCACAAUCCUGCAUUUUAGAUACUUCAAUCAAUCCACUACUGCACCACUAAUAAUCUUCCACGAAAGCCGGAUAAAUUAAUCAAUCCCACCGGAAAACGAAAAAAUGGAGAAAUCCGGCUAUGGCCGCGACGGCGUAUACAGAUCACUCCGUCCGCCGUUUUUCCCACCCAAAGAUCCAAACAUCUCCAUGGUUUCCUUCCUCUUCCGAAACAUUUCAUCCUUCUCCGACAAACGAGCCCUCGUCGAUUCGCACACCGGAGAAACCUUAAAUUUCGCCCAGUUCAAAUCCAUGGUUAACAAAGUCGCCCAAGGAUUACUCCAAUUGGGCGUCAAGAAAAACGACGUCGUACUCAUCUUCUCCCCCAACUCAAUCCAGUUCCCACUCUGUUUCCUCGGGAUCGUCGCCGUGGGAGCCAUCGCCACCACCGUAAACCCUCUCUACACCGUGUCGGAGUUAUCCAAACAGGUUCACGAUUCCAAAUCCAAGCUCAUAAUCACCGUCGAAGAAUUAAUCCCAAAGGUAAAGGACUUCGGUCUGCCCGUUAUAAUUCUAAACACCGACAAAAAAUGGGAUUCAGUUUCACCAAUCGGAAAAAUCCCAUCAAUCACUUCAUUUUCCGAGCUGGUUGACAACGAUGGAUCCGUGAAUUUAGACGGAGCCGUCAAACAAGACGACACCGCGGCAUUGCUGUACUCGUCGGGCACCACGGGCAUAAGCAAGGGCGUGGUACUCACGCACCGGAAUUUCAUCGCUUCCUCUCUGAUGAUCACCACAGAUCAGGAAUCCGUUUCCGAGACGAACGGCGUGUUUCUGUGUGUCCUGCCGAUGUUCCACGUGUUCGGUCUGGCUGUGAUCAUGUACGCGCAGCUCCAGCGCGGCAGCGCGGUUGUCUCGAUGUCGAAAUUCGAUUUGGAGAUGAUAUUGAAGGCUGUGGAUAAAUACGGGAUCACGCAUAUGUGGGUUGUACCUCCGAUUAUACUCGGAUUGGCCAAAAAUAGCAUCGUGAAGAAGUACAGCUUGUCUUCGUUGAAGCAGAUCGCGUCGGGGGCGGCCCCCCUCGGUAGGGAAUUGAUGCAAGAAUGUGCGAAUAACUUCCCUCAGGCCGUUGUUUGUCAGGGUUAUGGAAUGACCGAAACAUGCGGAAUUGUGUCUAUCGAGAAUCCGUAUUCUGGGCCAAGGCAUUCGGGCUCUGCUGGAAUGCUUGUUCCAGGUGUCGAGUGUCAAAUUGUUAGCGUUGACAAGUCAACGCCUCUGCCACCUGGCCAGUUGGGCGAAAUUUGGGUUCGAGGUCCCAAUAUGAUGCAAGGUUAUUUCAACAAUCCCGUAGCGACGAAGCUUACGAUCGAUAAACAGAGAUGGGUGCAUACUGGAGAUCUUGGGUACUUUGAUGAAGACGGUCAACUAUUUGUCGUUGACCGGAUUAAAGAGCUCAUCAAGUACAAAGGCUAUCAGGUUGCUCCAGCGGAGCUCGAAGGGCUGCUCGUGUCUCACCCUGAGAUAUCAGAUGCCGUUGUCAUACCGUUUCCGGAUGCUGAAGCUGGUGAAGUUCCUGCUGCUUAUGUUGUCCGAGCCCCUAAUAGCUCACUGUCUGAAGAAGAUAUCAAGAAGUUUAUUGCAGAACAGGUGGCGCCAUUUAAGAGAUUAAGGAGAGUUACGUUCAUAACCAGUGUCCCGAAAUCAGCAGCGGGAAAGAUACUGAGAAGAGAACUCAUUGAAAAGGUCCGAUCGAAAAUAUAGUUAACAUCGUCGUAUUCGUAUUCUAGUUUUUAUACUCGUGUCGUGUAAGUACUGAGGGAAGUUGGUGUGUCUGUAGUGCUACUGUUGUAUUGCAGCCAUGUUGUUCUAAUAAAGCUGUUGCUUCUCUAUUUUGAUAAAUCCUUGAUGAAUAAAAUGUUGGUAUUAGGGGUAUAAUCUUUGUA